AUGUCUUCUCAGCAGGUUUCUCAACUCAACGUUGAUCGCUAUGUUGUCAUCCAUGUUGCUACAACUUGCGAUGAGCACGGUGUCUAUGUGACCAAAGACUCCGCUGAAGUCAUUGAGCUUGGAUGGAUUCUUCUUGAUGCCAACACGCUGGAUGAGAUCACACACGAAAGUGUGCUUGUCAAGCCCGUCAAUACCCCAAUCACCCCCCUUUGCACGAGUCUGACCACUCUCACCUGGGAACAUGUUCGAAACGCGGGAACCUUUAGAGACGCCAUCUCUCGAUUCGACACUUUUGCCACAGAGUAUUUGACUUCCAAGAACCUCGAUUUUGUUUUUGUGACGCUUGAUGCUUGGGAUCUUCGUGUUCAACUUCCCCGAGAGGCUCGCGAUAAGGCCGUUGUCCUACCCCCUUAUCUCCAGCACUCCCGCACAUUCGACCUCCGCACUGAAUAUCAGCGAUGGCAGCAACACCACCCAGAAUCUCUGCCCUUCGGCCCGUCGAUGCUCUCCAAUAUCUGUGCUGCUCUCGAAGUCGAGCCUGUUCAAUCUAGUGCCCCGAUCAAGCACAACCUUCCAUUCCACUUGCAGGCUCUCGCCCCUGCUUCUCCUCGCCGCGCCAUGGAAGAGGCCAUCACCCUUGCUCGUGUUCUCCGUGGCCUGAUUCGCAAGUCACAGCCUCCCCAGGAGCACCCCGAUGUUCUGACGAGGCCCAUGGAUGCUAGGGCUGAUGUCCGGGCUUUCCUUUCUGAGAGAAGCAAGGUCCUCCAUAUGUCUGGACUUCCACAUGAUACCACUCAGUCAGAGCUUGAGAGUUGGUUCACUCAGUUUGGUGGCCGUCCCAUUGCAUUUUGGACUCUCCGUACUCCGGAGCAACAUAAGCCCACCGGCACCGGCUUUGCUGUUUUCUCUUCCCACGAAGAGGCUGCCGAGAGCUUGUGCAUGAACGGCCGAGCAUUGAAUGAAAAGGCCAUCGAAGUUUCUCCCUCGUCCAGCCGUGUUCUUGACCGGGCCCAAGAUAUUCUCACUCCGUUCCCUCCCAGCAAGAACCGCCCCCGACCUGGCGACUGGACCUGCCCUUCGUGCGGCUUCUCUAACUUCCAGCGCCGAACUGCUUGUUUCCGAUGUUCGUUCCCUGCUGCCGGCAGUGGACCAAGUGGUGGUGAAGCGGCCGGUGGCUAUGGCUAUGGCGGUGGUUACGGGCCUCCGGCCAUGAUGCCACCACCACCUCAUGGUGGCCAUCACGGUCCGAUGGGCCAUGGUGGCCGUAUGGGCGGUGGUGGUGUCGUUCCUUUCCGAGCUGGUGACUGGAAGUGCGGUAACGAGGUCUGUGGGUAUCAUAACUUCGCCAAGAAUGUUUGCUGCCUGCGUUGUGGUGCCAGCAGAGCAGGCGCGGCUGUUGUUGCUGACUCCGGCUACCCUUCCCCAAUGGACAACUCUUCUCAAUACAGCAUGAGCCAGGGUUCGAUGGCUGGCACUCCAGGUCCGGGUCCUUUCAACUCUGGCAACUCCUUUGGUUCUGGGGCCGGGUACAAUCAGCAUUUUGGGGGCCCUCCCAGCCACUUUCUCCCCGCGGGCAUCGGCGGUGGUGCAGGUGGUUAUCCAAGCUCCAUGAACAACCAGAGUUUUGCCACGACUCCUGGAUCUCACUCUGCUGGCCCCUUUGACAGCCGAGCUGCCGAAGCGGCUUUCCAGUCUGCGUCCAAUGGGCCCGCUUCUGCCGGGUCUGGGCCUGCAAACAACUUUUACAACAACAACAAUAACGGCGAGAACGAUCCCUUCGCAUUCCUUUCAAGCGGCAUUGGUGGGCUUUCUGUUAGCGGUAACGAUGCUCGACAGAACGGCGGUGGUGCUCCUCCAAGCAAGUCGCCUGCUUAA